CAGGACAAAGAGAAGGGCAUCACUCUUGAAGAUUUCAAGAUUAUUAAGAUGCACAUGGCUAAUUACAUACAGAGACUGGCCCAACAUGUGAAAGUGAGGCAAAGGUUUGAUCUUCAUGGUCUAUAUGUUACCUUUUCAUGGUUCCAUGGAAAAGAAGUUGGUUACAACUUUUAUGAUUGUUUGUGUAACUGGGGAUUAGAGGCUGCUAACCAGAGAAUGACUCACUGGUUAAACAUUGAGAAAUUGUGAACAUCAUAUAUCUUUGAACAUGAUAUGCCACUUUAAUAGGUUUAUUUUCUUAGAUUUAUCAAACCUCAUUUAGUGCCUUGUUGGAAACAAAACAGUGAUUUUUAUGAACUGCUGAUGAUUUAGAUUACUUCUGCUUGAAUAAUGGUCUCAUUUGCAAACUUCAGACCCAUUUUGCUUCUCUUACAUGUUUUUAUGACACAAUGUACAACUACAUCUUAUAUAUAUAAAUAACACUGAGGUUAAAUAAAAGAUUCUGAGAAUAUGAUACUGCUUCUAUAAGUUUUUAAGUAACUUCAACAUUGUUCAUAUCUUUGAGUUUGAGAGAUGUUUCAUGCAUUCAUGAGCGAACGUAAUAGAUGUAAUUCUGGACUGUGCAAUCAUUUGUGAAUUCAUUAUAUAUUUUCCUUUUAUUGUUACCUUUGAGAUGUGUUUGAUCUUUCAGGGUUGUUGCAACUGCAGUUACAUAUAUGAGACGUGUUUAUACCAGGUUUUUUUUUUUUUUGAUGAAUAUACCAUGUAUAUUUAAUUUUACUUCAUUUAUGAAUUAUGAUUUGUUAAAAGCAGAUGGUACUUUCAAUUAACAAAAUGACUGUAGCCUAUGGCUUCUAAUUAUUUUUCAUUGGUUUUUCAUCAGGCUAUGAAAUUCUUGAUUUUCACACUCACUGGUUCUAUCUUGCAAAAUCUUACAAAUACAUCACUCAGCUCACA